GCCGGGGGUGCAGCUGGGGACCCCGAGAACUGAACCCUGCCUGUGUCUUUGUGGUGGUGGUGGUGGUGAAGCUGAAGAGGACGGAGGCCCCCAAGAUUCUGGAAAUGGGGAGACAUAUGCCAAGGCCCCGCAGAGUGAAGUGAACAAGCUGCGGACAUGGAGACUUGCUGGAUGGGCGUCCUGGCUGCGCUGGUCGUCCUGGCAGGGCUGCCAGGCGCAGAAUACAACAAUCAAAUCCUAGAUGGCCCCAGAGACGCCACAGUGCUGGCUGGCUCGGAGGCUCGCUUCAAUUGCACCGUCUCGGACGGAUGGAAGCUCAUCAUGUGGGCGCUGAAUGGGGUCGUGGUGCUGAGCCUCACGCCCACCCAGACCAUCAUCACCAACGAACGCUUCACCUCCGAGAGGUACUGGGAGGACGGCAACUUGGUCUCUGAGCUGAUCAUCUAUGAUGUGCAGCCGAAGGAUGCAGGGCAAGUGCGAUGCAGUCUCCAGGACAGUGACCGGGACAGGUCGGCUCUCCUAGCCGUCCAGGUUGUGGGGACACUGUCCAUCCCCAAGACCGGGCACGUGCUCAAAGGCCAGCCUUGCAACGUCACCUGCUGCGCCUCGGGCUGGAUCCCGCUUCCAGAGCUUUCCUGGAAGUUGGAGAUCUCAGCGAACAAUUGGAGCUACAGUUCCACCUCGGAGCCUAGCGACCCCCAGCGCACAUCGAGCAUCCUUACCCUGGUGCCCCACGACAACGGGUCAGUGACGUGCGUGGCGGCCAUGAGGGGGCUGCCUGAACACAAGUCCAUCACCGCCAACCUCACGGUGGUCUCGUCCCUUGGUGAUGAUUCAGGUCAGGCCCUGCCCACAUGGGCCAUAGCGCUCCUGGCCGUCUCCUUUUCACUGCUGUUGAUCCUCAUCAUUGUCCUGGUUGUUCUAUACUGCUGCUACUACCCAUCGAGGAGAGAGAAGAAAGGAAACCUGCCGAAGUGA